CAAAUUUUGUAUAAGUAAGCAACAAAUUUUCGCGCGUCUCUUGACAAAGGAGUGUGUGAUUUGAAAGAUGGCAGGUGGAAAAGCAGGGAAAGAUUCAGGUAAAUCAAAAGCUAAAGCUGUAUCACGAUCGGCGAGAGCUGGAUUACAGUUUCCUGUUGGGAGAAUUCAUCGUCAUCUGAAAAGCAGGACAACUAGUCAUGGUCGAGUGGGUGCUACAGCAGCUGUUUAUAGUGCUGCUAUUUUAGAGUAUUUGACUGCUGAGGUAUUGGAGUUGGCUGGUAAUGCUAGUAAAGAUCUCAAAGUAAAGAGGAUAACCCCACGCCACCUUCAGUUAGCUAUUCGUGGAGAUGAGGAGUUAGAUUCUCUGAUUAAAGCUACUAUUGCUGGUGGAGGUGUUAUCCCUCACAUUCACAAGUCCUUGAUUGGUAAGAAAGGAUCCCAGAAAGCAGCAUGAACUUAACAGACCAGAGUCUUAUGAACUUUCACCAAUAAUCAUUCAUUUUAAGAAUUGUGGUUCACCAAAAACUGCUCAGUGUUCAUUCUUUUUUAAAAUUUUUACUUUCAUCAUAUAAGUGUGCAUGUUUAUCACAUUGCAAAUUGGUGUAUUUGUGUGUAGUGAAAAUGACUUGUUAUUGUAUUCAUGUAUCAUAACUAUAGAAUCUGUCCCUUUUCUUUAUUAACAUGACUUGUUGACAUUUUGAUUAUUAUACUACAACUCAUUAUUGAGAUAUAUAGCAAUUGUCCAGUUAAAUGAAUUUUUCUUGUAGAUACUAGAUUGUCAAUGUUUUGCUAGAUUUAUGAAGCUUUUUUGAUUUAAAAAAAAAAAAAUUGUAUCUAUUCAAAUAGUAUGUUAUUCAUGCUUCUUAAAUUGAUGUAAUAAUUUUGAUAUUUGUUAUGGUUUAAGGUGCAGUUUUAUUUCAAAUCCAAAGUAGAUCCCAUAUGCAUUACACAAAUUUGCCCGAAUGACUUUAUGGUGAUGGAAGAACUUUAAUUUGCAGUUGUUAGUUUUUCUUGCUAGACCUGUGUUUCAUAUAUUGAGAUACAUGCAUUAACUACCAUAUAAUGUGUUUGCAUCUGUAAAUGUUUUUUCAAGUAGAAUUUUUAUAUAAAACUUUUUGUUAAUCCUGGA